AUGGCGGCUGAGGCCGACAGCAGACGAUGCCCGGAGCCCGGCGUUUCCGACUGGCGGUGUGUCGGGCCGGUAGAACAGCUACGGAAACAGAAGUGCCGCCGACUGUACGCCGAGGCCGGCCGAUCGCAGGACGUCGCGUUGUUCUACGUCGGGGAGAAGUUUUACGCGCUAGAGGCGUCGUGCGCUCAUGCAGAAGGACCGCUGGACCAGGGAGACAUAGAAGAGUUGAACGGCUGUUACACGGUGGUUUGCCCGCUACAUUUUUACGAGUUCGACCUCUCCACGGGCAAGUCGGAGUCUGGGCUUCGGCAACAAACAUAUGAAGUGAAGCAAGAGGACGGCAAAGUCUACAUCAAGUUCAGCUGUGAACUUCACCUACGGCGGCCAGAGAGAAAAUAAAACUAGGAAAUUAUGAUAUCAGAAACAAGGGAUACUCUGCAAUAAUUAAUGAGUUCUGCAUAAUGUAAUUAGAUACCGAAAUUAGUGCAAUAUUUUUGUGCUUUGUCUUUUAUAGUGAAUGUAUGGGGAAAAUACCAACAGUAAGUGUGUAUCAAGUGCAGUCUCAAAGUCUAGUUUUGAAUAGUUAACACAACAUCAACUUUUACUUUGUUCAUAUAAGAUCUUUUUUUCUCAGAGCGUU